UUGACUGGACCAGCCAACCCCAACAGCUUUGCCUUACUAUUUUUCUUCACCCACGACUGCUUCAUCAUCACACUAGUGACUAGUUAGUGUUUCAGAAGAAAAACUUAUUUUUUUAUUUAUUAAAAACAAUACCCUUGCGCCCAGAAAACUCUCUGACAUUCUCUAUCCACCUCUGUCUCCUUUCUCUGAAAGUUUCAGAAGAGUAGAAGAGAAAAUGGGUGUUGGAACCAGCACCUUUGUGAUCAGAUGGGUCAACUUUUUAACCAUGCUUUUAGCAGUGGUUGUGGUGGUGUUUGGGGUGUGGAUGAGCACUCAUCACGAUGGCUGUAGAAGGUCCCUAACUUUUCCAAUCUUAUGCCUCGGCGGUGUAAUCUUUCUUGUAUCUAUAAUCGGCUUCUUGGGCGCAUUGAAGAACAGCUCCAUAUUGUUGUGGAUUUAUUUGAUCAUGCUCUGCUUCAUACUGAUCGGAAUUCUGGUAUUUACAGUGUUGGCGUUCAUUGUAACAAACAACGGUUCCGGUCAUAGCGUGGAUGGUCUGAGAUACAAGGAGUAUCAGCUUAAAGAUUACAGUUCCUGGUUUCUAAAUCAGCUGAACAAUACUCACAACUGGAAGGAGUUGAAGAUUUGUCUUGUGAAAUCUGAAGACUGCAACAACCUGUCAAAAAAAUAUAAGACUCUUAAGCAAUACAAAUCUGCAAAACUGACCCCUAUCGAGGCCGGCUGCUGUCGGCCACCCUCUGACUGUGGUUAUCCAGCCGUAAAUGCUUCAUUCUAUGAUUUAAGUUUUCAUCCAGUAAGUUCCAACAAGGACUGCAAACUCUACAAGAAUUCUCGCCAAGUCAAGUGCUACAACUGUGAUUCUUGCAAGGCUGGAGUAGCACAAUACAUGAAAACAGAGUGGAGAGUUGUAGCAAUCUUCAAUGUUGCCCUCUUUCUUGUCUUGUCCAUGAUAUAUUUUGUGGGAUGCUGUGCAAGACGAAAUGCUUCAAGAAGCCAAUCCAAAGCUUAAAAGGGUUUUCCAUAUAAUUGAUUUUUUUCCCUUUCAACAAUGAAAAAUCAACGGUUGUUGUUGAAGAUGGGCCGAGUUCAAUCACUACAAAGUAGCCACUUCUAACGUUGUUGUAUCAACCGGAGAAAAAAAGAGAGUAAGAAAGCUCUUGGUGAUGGGGGGCUUUCGACUUACGUGAAGUGUUGAACGUGCAAUGCAAUUGUGUAAAAAGAAAACGAGUAAAGAAAAUGGAAUGUUAUUUUUGUUAUGUUAUGUUAUGAAGACAAUAUAUGUCGUAUUUGUUUUAACCAUUUGAGGUUUGAGUAUGAACUAUCAUUGGUUCAAGACUUCACACCUUAACUUUGUACAAUGUUUGGUGGGAAAAUCUACAAAGCGACAUCAAAUCUA